AUGGUAGCCUUACCCCGGGCAAUGCGGGGGCUCUGCCCGGGAGGGAAAGGGGGUUUAGAGGUGGCAGGAGAUCUGCAGGCAGGUGCCACCUCCCCGCCCCCUGGGGAGGAAGUGCAGGCUGGCCCCAGUGGAUUAGCCGCUGGGGUGCAGCCAGAUAAAGAGGGAAGACCACCGCCCUCAGGGGAUCGCCCCUCCGACCGCGGAGGUGGCGAGGUGAGCUCGCCGGUCAGGUCCAAGCGAGCGGCCAUCCAACGAGGGACCUCUAGCAGGGCUGGGUCUAUGGGUCUGAGCCUAACACCGGCGGCAGAUAAGCCUGGUCCUCUCUGUUCCAAGAGGGGACAGCACAAAGGAACCCGGGAGACGGGAGCCUUGGGGUCUGCGGGAGCUGAAGGGGCGUCGGAGGGGACCACCGGGAAACCGGUGGUCGUCUCCGAUGUCCUGCUAUCGCGGAGCUCAAGGAUCCCCAUAUCUCGGAUAAGGAAAAGGCCCAGAGAAUCGCUAAGCUCCAGAGGGAGCAGCAGUAACGGCUCGUAUACCGUCACCACCGGCCCAGCGCUUGAGCAGACGAAGAGGGGACGCGGCAGGCCCCCCACCACUGGUCUCGGCGUGGGGAUAAGAGAGAGAAAGGAGGCGGAGGAAAAGAAGAGGAAGGAAGCAGAGAGGACUAGACAGGAAAAAGAGAUCCAGACCAUUUUGGAUGGAGGAAUCUUCCGGUCCCUCGCUGACAAGAGACCGAUGGAAGAAGUCUUUAGGGACGGGACAGCCAAAGGACUUCUGAGGGAGGCAAAAGUGUGCGAGCUGGCCUCGGAGGCAGGUCGUGCCCUCGGCGUGAUUCGGCUAGUCUCCAGAAGGUCCAAUACCUUGAAAGGGACCUUUGUGGGGGCGCUGAAUCUUGCCGUGGGAGUCUCCGAGGCCGUGCUCGCCACUUUAAUGGCCAGGGUGGCCAGUAGGGAAAAGGAAGGCGAUAUCACCCUGGCCGAAAAAGAGACGAAGGAGCUCAGGGAGGAGCUACAGAGGUUGAGGGUGGAGAAUAGGCAGCUGGAGGAGGAGCUGAGAUCGACGAAGAGACAAGUCUCCUCGUCGAUCUCUAUGGCUCCUCCGACAGCUGCCGCUUCUUCUCCACCAGGUCCAUCAGCGCCGGAAAGGAUGAAGGCGCCAAAUAGGAAGGUGAACAUAAUCCCGGAGGGACCCAAUGGACGAAGGAAGAAGGGUCAAGGGAAAAAGGAAAGGAAAAAGGCGAAUAAAAAGAGGAAAAAGGCCAGGGACAAACUAAUGAAGGAGGAGGAGAGAAAGAGAGCCCUGGAAGGAGAAAAAGGCAUGUCCGCCAAGGACAUACUGCUGGCAGGAGGCUACCCGGUGGAGAAGGGACUGUGGUACUCGAUUGGCCAGAACCAGGUACCACAGGUUACCCGGAACCAGGAACCACAGGAGACCUGGUCCCAGGUGGUGGGACGAAAGGAGGGAAAGAGGAGGAAGGAAGAGGCAAGAACGAGGGACCCAACUGGACUUCCGACCCUUACCCCCAAGGUGAGACCUAAAGGGAAGGGACCAGCUAUAGCAGGAGGGGGCAGGAUUAAGCCGCCACGCUCGGCGGCCGUCACGAUAAUCUGCCCCGAGGGCGAAUACGCCAGCUUUAUGUUGGAGGCCAGGCGUCGCAUCAUCCCGGCGGACCCGGGGAUCGGUGGAUCCCUGAAGGUCCGCCGGGCCCUGAGCGGGGCAAUGUUGGUUGAGGUGCCUGGCCUCAACGUCGGGAUAUCCGCCGACCGGCUUGCGGACGAGCUCCGCAAGCUGGCGGCGGAAAGGGGCCCCGGUUUUCGCGUCCAAAGGCCGGUAAAGGUCGCUGCACUGCGACUGGCUGGCCUGGACGCGACAACCGGGGCCGAGGAAGUGACGGCCGCCGUUGCCCGCGCUGGGGGAUGCUCACCUGGGGUGGUAUCCCCAGGGGUAAUGAGUGUCACCCAGCGGGGUACGGGCGCCAUGGUAGUGCGAUGUCCGCUGGCGGUGGCCGCGAAGGUCGCCGCCGCGGAGCGGGUCCACGUGGGUUGGACCCGUGCCGGGGUGACGGCGCUGCCCGCUCGCGCGGUGCUGUGUUUCCGGUGUCUUCUACCGGGACACGUGCGCGAGCGGUGCAUCAGCGCCGUCAAUCGCAGCGAUUUAUGUUAUCGCUGCGGUAGCCCCGGCCACCGCGCCAAAGGGUGCCUGCGGGCGGCGAACUGCCCCAUUUGUGCAGAGGCGGGCAGGCCCUCCGGUCAUAAGAUCGGAGGGCCUGCCUGUGGCCCCCCUGCGGACAACAGGAAGAAAAAGAAGAAGGGGAAGAAGACAGGAGGUCUAGUGGGAGCGGGAGACACGGGGGUGACGAGUGCCCGAAACGUCGCCGGAAUGCCAACCAAGCCGACACCAGAGCAGCCAGGAGAGGGGAAAGGCCGGGAGGACCAUCCAUCCAGCCAGUGCGACUGGGAACCGGAGACGGCGAAAGGCGCAGAAGGCUGGCAGGAGAAACCACUGGUACCUCCAAGAAGGAAGAGGAAGGGUAGGGGAGACCCGGACACCUCGACGGAGGAAAAGGAACAGGAGGAUUCUAAGGCCAACGUCGGCCACGGCGCCCGGGCUCAAGACCUCUGCAUGCAGAGGUUGAAAGAACUGAGUGCCGGGCUGGCGGUGGUCACCGAGCCGCUCUGGAUCCCGGUUCGCAGUGCGAACUGGUUCAGGGGUCCGGACAGCUCGGUGGCCAUGGUGGCAAACCCUGCGACGGGGGCCCCGCCCUGUAAAUUCAGGGAAUCGGGGCCCUCGUACGUGGCGGUCGAUUGCGGGCCCAUCACUGUGGUGGGGAUAUACCUUCCCCACCACAGGAACAAGGCCGGUCUCGGUCGUCCUGCCCCGAUCAAGGCGCUCCUGGACAGGGUCGGAGAGCUGGUACGGAGUCCCUGGCAGCGGGACCGCCGGGGGGACACCGUGAUCGGCUGGGCGGCGGGACUGGGCCUUAUUCUUAUGAAUGAGGGCUCAGAAAGCACCUGCGUGCGGCCGGGGGGGGACGGAGGCUCGGUCAUUGAUUUGACCUGGGCGACCCCCUCGGCCGGGGGGCUCUUCUACGAGUGGAAGGUGGAGGCGGAGGACCCCAGCAAGUGCUCAUCCGCCGCCCUGGGGAGAGGGAACCCCCUCUCCCCAAGAGAUGGGCCCUCAACUGGACUGGACGCGGACAGGUUUCGGGCGGCUGUCCUCGUGGCAUCCUGGCACCUGGAGGAGGUGCCAGGGGGGCGGGACCCCGACCCCUGCAAGGGGGCCGAGGAAAUAGUGGGCAUCGUGACAUCGUGUUGCGACGUUGCGAUGCCCCAGUCCCGCCCCCGAUCCCGCCGGGCAGCAUAUUGGUGGAGUGAGGAGCUAGGACGGCUCCGACGCUCCGCCAUCACAGCCAGGUGGCUGUUUGUGCGUGCCCGGCGGAAUGGAGGGGAUGUCACGGGGACAAAAAGGGAAUACUUCCGAGUGAGGAAGACCCUGAAAGUCGCCAUCGCCGAGGCGAAGCGAGCGUCCUGGGAGCAACUUGUGAGCUCCCUGAACGAGGAUCCGUGGGGGCGCCCUUACAAAAGGGUGACCGGGAAGGUCUGCCCUUGGGCGCCCCCGCCGACCGAACAAAUGGACCACCAGGCCCUCGAUGGGCUCCUGGACGCCCUCUUUCCGAGGGUGGAAGGGGGCCCACCAGUGAUCCCUCCCCCAGAAAUGGGGGAGGGGAACUGGGACGAGGGCCUGGAGUGUCUCCGGGGCCUGACCCGGGCGGUCGUGGAGAGGGACGGCGGGGUGUUGUUGGCGGUAUCCCUGGAUAUCAGGAAUGCCUUCAACACCCUGCCGUGGCCGGAGAUCGGGCGAGCGCUCGUGCAUCACGGCGUGCCCGCCUAUCUCCGGCGCAUCCUCUCGGCCUAUUUCGGGGCCAGGGACCUCGCCUUCCCGAUGGAGGGUGGGGUCCAGGGCCGGCGCACCAUGGAGCGCGGUGUUCCGCAGGGAUCCGUUCUGGGCCCUCUGCUAUGGAAUAUCGCGUUCGACCGGGUGCUGAGAACUCAGCUCCCCCCGGGCUGCCGCGUCAUCUGUUACGCAGAUGACACUUUAGUGGUGGCCGGGGGGGAGAACUGA